UAAUAACGAGUGAAUAGUGAAUAAAACGAAUUUGCAGUUGAACUCAGUCAGUUUUACUUUAUUUUUAGUGGAAAUCAUUUAUUUGAGUUGAAAACAAGAUGGAACAACCAGCCUUGUGCCCCGUUUGUCAGAAAGCGAUGGAAUGGAAACAGAUAAACUUCCACGAAGCAGUUGAAAUCUGCAUAGACUUGAAUUGCCCUUUUCCUGCUCAACACCAUAAGUGUAGAAUUAGACGACGAAACCUGAAGGAUAUAAAGAAGGUUCCCAAACCACCAGCCCCCAAAAAAGACGAACUGCUAGAUCUUCCACAGUUCGAUUUACCACUUCAGAAUACCGAUGACAACUUCCUCAAGGAACUGGACGAGUUUCUUUUUGGGGUUCACAACGCUAUGUGAAAGAUGGAUCUUUGAAAAGGUGGAACAGUCUGUAGUCAAUGAGAAGACGCCUUAAAAUUCGCGAAGUUUGAAAGUCUUGGUAACAUCCGGAACGUGUUUAUUGGAUUUUUACAGCAAGUAUAUGGUGGAUAUGACGGUUAAACAUGGUUCUUCAUAAGGAAACUGAGUUAAGAAUAUUUAUUGUAUUAAUUCUUUCCUGUACGACUUAUCCAAUGAAAUUUGUUUGGAUAUUUCUGUUUAUGAUGUAUGUUAA